CUCCUACUCCAUUUCUCGAUCUGUCCUUUCCAGAGAAACCCGCCUCCUCCCUACUCUCUCUCUCUUCUUCUUCUUCCUUUCCAGAGGAACUCGGCCUCUCUCUCUCUCUCCCUCUCUCUGCUCUUUUUCGCUCUCCCUCGUCUUACCCAGAAGCGGCGGCGACGGAUUGAGGCGGCGGAGGCGACGGAUGAGGCGGCGGCGGCGGCGAUGGAUGAAGCUGCGGCGGCGGUGACGGAUGAAACUGGCGGUGAUUACGAUGACGAACGGUAGGCGACGGUAGAAGAAGGAGAAGAAGAGGUCACCGCCGGCGAAGCUGCUGCCUGCUGGUGGGUGGAGGCUGCGCGAGAAGGGAGAGGAUGGCGAGUGUAGAUCUGCUGCUGCUUUUUUUUUUGGUCGAGAUCUGC